GGGACUUUGCUAUUAAUCUGAUCACUCUUCAUAACAUUCUGGAGUAUAUGCAAAAAAAAAUGUUGCUUAUAACUUGGUUGAAAUAAAAUCACCUGCUGGCCAAAAGUCAAUUAUAGACUUAUUGACAUUUUGUACACUUUCACAUUUUCAGACACACUUCUCCCAUUCAUUCAUAUGUUUCAUGCAUGUUUAUACCACACAGAUCCACACAUUCACGUCGUAUACAGUUUUCUUUAAUAAAAGCAGAUAUUUUAUUCAACUCAGUAUGUGAAUGUUAAGGAGUUUAGUUUUUUUGCSUAGUACACUACAUAGGCCCACUGAUUUUCCAUUUAAAUAUUCAUUGUGUCUCAUCACUAAAGCCUUUAUGACGGGUCGCUCAAUGUUUACAUUGUAGUUUUUGGACCGGGUUUUUGCCAUUUUCAUUGAUUAUAAUAGUGGUUACUGAUUGACUGGGCCAGUUUGCUCCCUGUGUGUUUGUAAAUUGGUGGCUGUAAAUGAGUUGUGUCGCAAUAAAGCCCGCAGACAUUAGUCCCAGCUGACAUUGACUCAAGAAUGGUUUGUGCAGUUAUGGGGCAUUAGAGUUGAGGAGCAAGUACUCAGUUCACUAUGGGAGAAGUGAGCUGAAAUACAAUCUUGCUGCUUCUCAAUGCAGCCUAAAAUCUCAGCAUUUCUGGUGCUACUUGCCAGGAGUCUUAGCUUUUUUACGUUGGGUUUUAAGACCCCUUACACAGGUGUGGAUCAUGGCAAUGGACUGUAUAGGAUCCAGUGAUGCCUUCAAACUGGGGAUUUUAGGAAGCAUCGUUAGGAGGUCCCUGGAUGCCCCGCGGCGCUCCGUCCUCGCCCACCCGCGCACGGCGCCCCCUGAUGGCCGGCAGCUGACCCCGCCCCACAGGAUGACGGUGAGAGAGCGGCUGCGGGAGAAGAUCUCCGCGGCGUUCUACCGCCACGGGCUGCUGUGCGCCUCCUAUCCGGUGCCCAUCAUCCUCUUCACCUCCGCCAGUAUCCUCGCCUGCUGUUACCCCCUGCUGCGGCUGCCUCUGCCGGGGACCGGGCCGGUGGAGUUCACCACACGGGUCCGAGAUUACACCGUCCCUUCCCAUGAGCCCCAGGGAGACCUCGGCGAGCGGCCUGACUGGUAUCGGGGUCCUCCGGUGGCCUACAUCCAGCCGGUCCUGGUGAAGGCAGCCGUGUCUCCCUGGGACAGUACGCUGGUCCCUGUGGACGUGUUCCGCUCCCCACUGGGCCGCGUGUUCAGCCUGCUGGAGGAGAUCCGCAACCAUGUACACGACGACGGUUCUGGGGUCAGGAGCUUGGAGGCGCUCUGCCUGCAGGUGACGGACCUGUUGCCGGGGUUACGGCGUAUGCAGAGAGUGCUGCCGGAGCACGGUUGUCUGCUGGUCUCCCCUGGCAACUACUGGCAGAACCAGCGGGAGCUGUUUGACUCUGACCCCGACCUGCUGAAGACCGUCCACCAGCACGAACCCAAAGGACUGCACACCUCUGCCACACUGAGAGUCGUGGGGCGUCAGCCGAACAGAUACAUCAGCAUCCUGCCUGUCAUCCCCAUCACGCUUCACCUGAGCCCCCGGGAGGCCAUCGAGACGCGUCACCCCCAGGACACACGCCACCCCCCGCCGCCCAGCCUCAAAACUAACGAUCUGCCCGCAGACCUCACGCUCUACAAGUCAGUGGUAACAGUGCUCAGCUCUCUGCUUAUGUCUGUGGGGCUCUGCACCCUGUUCGGCCUGACGCCCACACUCAAUGGAGGUGAGAUCUUCCCCUAUCUGGUGGUGGUGAUAGGGCUGGAGAACGUCCUGGUUCUCACCAAGUCUGUGGUGUCCACCCCUGUUGACCUGGAGGUCAAACUACGCAUCGCUCAGGGUAAGAGUGUUAAUGAGAGCUGGUCUAUCAUGAAGAACACCACAGUGUGUUUCCAGGAGUUCUGUCUGUUUGCUGUGGUGGGGCUGGUGUCUGACUUCUUCCUUCAGAUGUUUUUCUUCACCACAGUUCUUUCCAUUGACAUCCGACGCAUGGAGUUGGCCGAUCUGAACCGGCGUCUUCCGGCCGAGGCGGGGAUGCCCCUUCCCAAACCGGGCCCCCUGCGCCCUCGGGAGGCGCCUCCUCCCCCACGGCCCUCGCCCCACACCAUCACCCUGCAGACGCCCGCCUUCAGGAACCUGCGUCUGCCCAAGAGGCUCCGUGUGGUCUACUUCCUGGCCCGCACYCGUCUGGCCCAGCGCUUCAUCAUGGUGGGUACAGUGAUCUGGAUCGGCAUCCUGGCCUACACGGACCCCGCUGGCCUCCGUACCUACCUGGCAGCCCAGGUGUCUGAACAGAGCCCCCUGGGGGAGGGCGGGGCCGGGGGUCUGCCCCCCCACCUGGGAGUAGCCCCGGUCUUCCCUGGACCAGGAGGGGACCCCGCCAGCACCCUCAGUGUCCUCCCUGCCCCCGCUGAACCCACCCCGCUUCCAGAGAACCAGUCCCAGGGCCACCACAGGGUCCCCAGGGAAGGAGUACCCCACCAGGCCCCACCCCUGGUGCCCCAGAUCAGCUGGGGGGCGGAGGAUGAGGAGGGCUGGAGAAAGCUGUCUUUCAGACACUGGCCCUCGCUCUUCAGCUACUAUAAUAUUACUCUGGCAAAGAGAUACAUCAGCAUCCUGCCUGUCAUUCCCGUCACACUUCACCUGAGCCCCCGGGAGGCCAUCGAGACGCGUCACCCCCAGGACACACGCCACCCCCCGCCGCCCAGCCUCAAAACUAACGACCUGCCCGCAGACCUCACGCUCUACAAGGUAGCAGCUCUGGGCCUGGCGGCAGGGGUUCUGCUGGUGCUGCUGCUCUUCUGUCUCUACCGGGUCCUCUGUUCACGCAACUACGGCCAGAACGGCGUGGCCCACGGACGCCGUCGCCACGGUGACCUGCCCUGCGACGACUACGGCUACUCGCCACCCAUCAGCGAGAUCUCCCCCCUGCUGCUGCGUGGACACAGCAUGGAUAUAGAGUGUCUGGCGAGUGAUGGCAUGCUGUUGGCCAGUUGUUGUCUGGCAGGACAGAUCCGUGUGUGGGACACUCAGACUGGAGACUGCCUCACCGUCAUUCCUAAACAUGGGCUGCGGCGGAGUAGCAGCAGUGGCUGCUGGGAGCAGCGGGAUGGUUGGGAUGCCGUGGGUGUGGCCGAACCUGAAAAUCUGGGGGGCGGGACAGAACCAGGGGGUGGGGUUUUCGACGAGGACGAGGGCUACCCCCUCAGGCGGCGGACCACCCCACGUCCUGCCCUCUUUGAGAACCAACCCGACCUCACCCCCCUCAUCGACACCAACUUUGACUCCCAGCCCCCCUCCCACCACCUCCUCACCCCGCCCAGGGAUGGCUUUGACUUCGGGGGGCUGGUGGAGAAGGCCUACCUGGAGCACGAGCUUCCCUCGCUGGGCCUCACUGCCUCCUACCCCUCCUCCUCACCCCUGUCGGGACCCCCUCCCCAGAGGAGACGCAGCCUGGGGUACAUCCAGCCUCCUGCUCCACAGGGCCAGGGAACCCCGGACUGGGAAAGCGCCGUGUGGGCCAUGGAGCUCCGGGGGAACCUCAUCGCUGCUGGGAGGAGCAACGGCAAACUGGAGCUGUGGGACGCAGUGGAGGGCUCGUUACGCUGCAGUAAUGAAGAUGGCGUCUCAGGGAUCACGGCCCUGGCCUUCCUCAACAACAGGKURGUGGCGGCCAGACUCGACGGCUCUCUAGACUUCUUCACUGUCGACAUCAACAAGCCUCUGGGCUUACUGCAGUACAGAGGUCCCCCCGGGCGUAGUAACAUACCGCCCUCGACCUGCUACAGCAGUGAGGAUGUGAUCUCAUGCCAGCUGACGCGCUCGGUGCAGUGUGCCCACCAGAAACCCAUCACGGUGCUGCGAGCCGCUGCCGGCAGAGUGGUCACGGGCAGCCAGGACCACACCGUCAGGGUGUAUCGUCUGGAGGACUCAUGCUGUCUCUUCACGCUCCAGGGACACUCUGGGGGAAUCACUGCCAUCUACAUAGACCAGACCAUGGUUCUGGCCAGUGGGGGGCAGGACGGAGCAAUCUGUCUGUGGGAUGUGCUGACGGGCAGCCGGGUGAGCCACGUGUACGGUCACCGUGGCGAUGUGACCUCGCUGGUGUGCACCACAUCGUGCGUGAUCAGCAGCGGCCUCGACGACCUCAUCUGCAUCUGGGACCGCAGCACGGGCAUCAAGCUCUACUCCAUACAGCAGGAGGUGGGCUGRGGUGCCAGUCUGGGGGUGAUCUCUGAGUCUCUCCUGGUGACAGGGGGCCAGGGCUGUGUGUCCUUCUGGGACCUGAACUUUGGGGACCUUCUCCAGACGGUCUACCUGGGCCAGAGCAGCGACGGCCAGGGGGUCCGCCAGCUCGUGGUGCUGAACAACGCCGCCAUCGUCUGCGACUUUGGCUCCGAGCUCAGCCUGGUCUACGUACCCMCGGUGCUGGAGAAGCUGGACUGAGCAGWAGCAGAACWYGGACAGGCUCCACACAGUGGCCUGGAGGAGUAGAUGAAAUGGUCAGUACUGACAAUGGGGAUACAUGCAAAUGCAACUCAUUUUGGCCCUACACUACYCUGCAGUUGGACAAUCUUCUUGGAAAGAGUUGACGUGAUUUGCUAAUUUAGAUUGUUAGCACUUCACCCGAUUAGGUGGGAGGGCAUUUCUAUWGCAACACAUAACGUUUUUAUAAAGCUAAUGUCUGGUUGGAGAGACAGAUGUCCACCAGAAAGAUGACCCUUGACCUUGUUACUAGCUCAGGUGGUUUGUAUCCAAGCAUUGGAUAGUUUGGGGUACACACACCCCAAGGGGUUCCCAUCCAACAAUCAGGCUGUCAUUGGCGGAGUGUUUGAUACCACGCCAGCCAAUCAAUGUAGCGCAGCUGUAGCAGGCUCAUGUCGUGAGGUCUGAGGGCCGUUGGGCUAAGCAGUUACUAGCAUGUGUGUGUUUUGUGUCCUGGGAAAGAAACAGUCCCUUUUUAUGGUGAAAACAUUGCUGACAAAAAUCCUUCAUUAUUGUGUGUGUGUGCGAGAGAGAACUGGAUACGAUGACUGUAAUGAAAUGCACCUUGAGAGGGGGUUGUUUUUAUGUUUAAAUCUAUUUAUUAGUGAUACAUUUUUAAGUAACAAUUUGAGAUGUGCAUAAUAUAAUGUGGAGAUGAUGUCAUAAAUGUCGGGUAGGAUUUUUUUUAAAACAUUGGUUAUGAUGAGAUUAAUAUUUGUAAUAAUAUUUUGGAACUGAAAACGCUAAAGUGUUUUCUUGGAGUUGGGGAUUGAGGGGGAGAGGUUCCUUGCCUUACCCCAGGCUCUGAUUUUAGGGCUACUGUUGCUGCAAGAGGACCCAUCCCCCCUUAAGCUGUAAGAGGCUCUAUACUUUCUGCUUGAAUUUGAGAUUUGCAUCUGAAGGUGUGGUAGCUCUACAUUGGCACACAUUGUCAGAGUUUACAUUGGCUGCUCUCUUCCCAUGUUGACUGUGCCCAGGAGAAAUGUCAGAUCUUUUGAGAUUGUGACUAUAUUCAAUUGCACGGUUUUACGUUAGUAACAUUGUCAUGUUACCAUUGUACGUCUUGUUUUCUGACAAAAGGUUCCAUUGAGGAAAUCACGUUACUUUUUUAAAUACCUAAAAUGGCUUCCUCUUGAAAAACAUCUUACAACUGCGUUUCUCUGUCCCCUGUUUUUCCCAAUUCACUGACAAUAUAUAUUUUCUUUCCCUUAUCUCAGGGUUCUCAAACUCACAAGCAGAGAAUUACAAUCAGGCAUAAAAGGAGAGGAUGGGUAGUGUACCGGUAAUGUGGUUAACUCCACCGUGGCCCAUCUAGUCUUCAUGUGAGCAAAGGAGUCAGCGAGGGCCUCAGACUAGGAAUAUGAUGGUACCCUCUAGGUAGGAGCCUCUGUACUAAUAACUCAACCUUUCUCCCAGCCCGUUACCUCUGAGUGACUGUAGCGCUAGCCUGCAGACACACGCAAUGCAGAGAGAGCGUAGUGGACUUGACCUACUUGGUUACUUACACCCAUAGCUGAAUGUAGAUCCGUGAUGCUUGAUAUUGAAAAGCAAAUCCACUCAACUUCAACCAACAGAAAUAUAACACUAACUUGUGCACUAACUCUUAACCCUCUCAAAUACACAGACACACACACACACACACACACACACACACACACUAGGCACUUUGAAACAUAAUGUAUAGAAAGACACACAUACUGAAAACAUAAAAACGCACACAUCAGACUUGUGAAUGCACGGGUGGACAGCUUUAGUCCUCAAGUUGUUGUGUCUGCUGGUUUAUCAAGAAGAUGAAUUGAAAACCCAGAAGGACUGGAGUUGUGCACCCGUGUAAUGGUUCUAAUUUAUUUCCUUUUUUUAAUGUAAAUAAUAGGUCAACGCUUUAGAGUGUAGAUUCACUUAUAAUUGUAAGGAUAUAAACUGCUGCCUGAGUUAAAUAUGGUUGUGUUCCAAGUUCUUUUAAGCUGCCUUUCCUUAUCUCAUUGCUUGCAAAUAAUGAUACGAUAGUUAUUUGACACCCACACAUUGUCACAAUAUGUGGCCUAUGCAGGAAUUAAACCUCACCACUCUGGUGUUGUGAGCACUAUGCUCCAAACAACAUUGCAAUGUUUAUGGAACAGGAGUUCUUACAUUUGUUUUACAGCUUUCUGCCACUGUAGUGAUGAAAGGAGAUGAGAAGGGAAGCAUUUAAGAUAAUUGGAGCACAGCCCAUGUCCCCUUGAUCUGACCCUUUUAGUUGACGGAGGGAAAGGCAGAAAGAAACCGGUGUAAAUAUUGUUUUUGUGGAAUCAUAGGCCUGCUCUGCCCCCCUCCUGAACCACCUCCCUUUGGUUGGCUAGGGUGCACAGACUGUAGUGGCGGUAGCAAAUGUUCUGGGCUAUUUUACUAUUUUUAACACAGGAGCAAAACUUUGUACUAAUUUCCAAAUAAAGAGGCUUUGAUACCUUG